CUGGCUCAAGUUCACAGUCGAUACAGCGCCGGCUCUCCUUCCUGACUUCCGAGCGUCGUCUUGGCCUUUCUGAACCCGUGGCGUGAUCUGCAGAGUCUGCUCGCCUAGCUCGCUCUCCGGCAAUCGUCUUCACUUCUGGCAGCGCAGUCGCUACUGCCAGUACCGGGUCGAGGCUGGAGCACUGGUAAUUUCCAGACACCGAUCAGGGCUGCAGAAUUAGUAAUUUUGACCUUUCAGCCCUAUCCAGGAUAUUAUUUUGCGUUGAGGACGAAGUACAAGUACUGGUUGCACCGAGAGAGCGUCUGACCUUGACAAAAUAACAGUUGCCCUUGCAUUUGCAAGCUCGGUUUGAGCGAUAUUGACUGCGUUAUUUUUGCGUUGCUAGUCAGUUUCACCUUCUCAUGUCUAGGCCGGCUACAGCUCUCACAGCCUGAGUGAAACAACGACUUCAUUGCCGCGUCAGUUGCAUGUUCUGUUCACCUUGCGAACAGCCAACAACAGAAUGGCGGAGCCGGCGUUCGACAAGCACCGGACACCACGUUACACAUCGUGUUCCCCUGGCACUAGCCCUGACGCUAGUAGGCAUCAUCCUAUGCGCAGAGUGCGCUCAGGGAAAACAAUUGGCGGCGUGCGGGCACUACCAGCCGGGGAACGAGGCCCAGGAACGACCAGAGUGCCCAAGACUGAACCUGAUAGUCCGGAAGAAGACGUUACGGACAACAACCUGCCGGGGGUUGCCCAGCAUGUUCCUGCUCUGCGCAGGUCACAGGCACAAUUUCAAUGUUCGUACUCGCCACCCGUAGCUAAAGCUAACUCACAUUCGGCAUUCAAGUCCACAAACUCGCGGCGGCCGAAUAGUGGCCAUGCCGCUCACGCCAAAGCACCGGCGAAAGUCAACAAGAGUGAAAACGGCUCGCCGCCGGCAGCCUACAGCCAAUCUGAUAAUGAUGACGAUGAUGAUGAUGAAGGGAAGCUGGCCAUCGUGGAGUCUGAUGAGGAGCGUGUCGGCGUUGCUUCUACUUCUAUGUCGCCAUCCUCCCAGGAUGGCAACACGACAAUAUCAAGUGUUAAUGCCAACCGUGGCUCUUCAACUGACUCGUCAACGAACAUAUCAACGAGCUCUUCACCGGACCUGACACGCCUGCCCAGUUUAACGCCGAUUCCACGGCCAAUUCCGCUGCGACAAGCCGGAAGUGGCUUGGAAAGUGCUGCAGCAGCAGCGCCGCAAACCAACAUCUCUGCUACUGCUUCUGCUGGUGGACAGCUAGCUAGUAUGCUACAGCGGAGUAAAAUAAAUUGUCAAAGCACCGACGCUGGGAUGUCGGCGUUUCCGACGCAGACACCGGCAUCUACAACGUCUGCGCAUGCGUCGGAAGGAUUUGUGACCAAGUAUGCCUUUACAGGCGCCACGCUGGCGUUUCCCCCGGCCUCCAGGGAUCAAGAGGUGCCGGCGGUGGCUGGUUCGUCGGCGUUCCCGCUGCCCGCGACCAGCAAACCUGCCGUGACGGCCACCGUGCACACCGCUGCGUACCAGCCUGGCGCCUCGGCAUUCUCCACACCGCUAAACCGCACCUCCUCCUCCGCUAAUGGCAACCACAGCGGCUCUGCUCUUGACCUAGUCCUGGUUAAGUCGGCAUCCGACGCCAGCGCCAGGUCGGUGGACUCUCCGCCGCCGUCGACCUCCGUCAGAUCACCGCCGCUGGGCCCGCUCGGACCCUGCGUGGUCUGCGGAGAGGACUCCAGCGGCAAGCACUUUGGCGUCAUCACCUGCGAGGCGUGCAAGAGCUUCUUCCGGCGUAGUGUGCGCCGCAGCGCCAAGCUGAACUACAUGUGCAUGCGCCAGGGCCAGUGCAAGGUGGAGAGUAGCCGCAGGACCACGUGCCAGGCGUGUCGCUUUCACAAGUGUAUCGAGGCCGGAAUGCAGCCAGACUUGGUGCAAGAUCCGCGCUGUCCGCAGGUCCAGCGGGGCCCUACCGGCAGCACCAGUGGCAUGCAGGCGCCGUCCUCGUCCGUGGUGAGAAUCGUCGUGAACCCUCAGCCGGUGGCACACACCGUACCAGUGUACGGAGCACGGGAAUGGAGAGGGAAAGUGUAUCAGCCGCCAACAGCUCCACCGGCUACGGUGGCGGCGACGACAGCAACAGCAGCAGCCAACGCCGGUAAAAACAACAGCAAUAACAACAACGGCAGCAGCAGCUCAGUGGGUGCCGUCGACGCUGGCGCCGCCGCGGAGGUUAGAACGACUGGCGCCCCCGGCAACCAGCCCUCGCUUCCACCGCUGAUCGAGAUGGGAGUCGCACGGACCAAGCCAGCGUCGGCAGUGCCUAUCAAUAUUGGGGCACUGCGUCGCUCGGAGCAAGGUGUCCAGGCAGCCCUGAAUUCACAACUAACCCAAAAAGGAAUGGAGCUUCUGGACAGUUUGGUCAAGGUGGACAACGAAUUACGACAACAAGCGCCAGCAAGGAAUGGACACCUGGGCGUAAAAUUCAUCAAGGAUCGCAAAGAAAUCUUGUCUCUGUUCCGUGAGCAAGUUGUGCAGAUUGCCCGCUGGGCAUAUCUCUUGCCCCGUUUCCGUGCAAUACGCUUGAUUGAUGACCAGGUAAAGGUCCUCGCCGAAUCAUGGCACAACGUGCUGGUGUUCCGAUUGUCGCAGCUCAGCCAGCCUAACCUCGACGACAUGGUCGUAAUCCAGGGUGCCGCUAUUGAACGCCGAUCUCACCGCCGCUCCAGCAGUGCCAGUGACACGGAGGGCAGCAGCGAGGACGACGAGACGACGUCGCCUGGCGCGGCGGAGUGUCGGGAAGUCGUGCACCUGCGCGAGAUCAUGGACAGUGUUGCCGAUCCGGUCAUAGUGCGUGCCCGGGGGCUGCGCAUGUGCCGACUGGAGCGAGCUUGUUUGUGCGGCAUGCUCCUCUUUGACCCUGAUCCGCAUCUGAACAACGGCACGAGCCAAGAGGUGUUCAACUCGCUUCACUCCUACCAGAAUGCCCUGAUGAGCGAACUGUAUGACCUGUGCCAGCCCAGUGAGCAGCUUUACCCGGUCAAGUCCUCGUCCGCUGAGCGGGGAAGCGGCAGGGGAGGCAAAGACUCCACCAUUGACAAUGGUGGCGGUGAACUCAGCGUCCCACCUGAGUGCAAAUUUUACCAGUACCUAGUGAACAUGAAGAUGGUGGCCACAUCUCUCCAGGGCUACCUGAAACAGCAUUUCACCCUGUUCGGGAAAGAAGAGAGCUUCCGAACAUUCCUGCUGGGUAUCCUCUCCGCAGUUCACGCGGCGAAUACUGCCGACACGGCUAACAACAUGCCACCACGAACAGGAUUGGUAGCUAAGGAGAUGCUGCAGCGGCGGAGUCAACAGUCACACCACGCUGAGCGACGUCAGCAGCAGCAGCAGCAGCGUGAGCAUCGCAUGUCACACAGUGACAGUGAGGAUGAAGACGUGGACGUCUUGUCGUAAGAACCACCACACACACAACGUCUAUGCCACGUCAGUGUACGUGUAAUGGCAGGCCACGUCUGUCGCAAUGAUUUUCCUGGAAACGAACAGAACGAUUUUCGAUGAACACUCCCCCCCCCCCCCCCCCCCACCACCCACCCACCCCUGCUAUUAACCCUGAGUAAUUAUAUUUCUACAUUCAAGCUGCUGCCAACCCGCACGCAUGCACUAGACAGGGGGUUCCGUCUAUAUUUUUCAUCUGGCCUAUCUUUCUUCCCAGGCACCUCGCAGCCGGUGUUGUCUUAUUCUGUCGUUGUCCGCUGCGUCACCGUUUCUUUGGGUCUAGUGUGGGUUGUCUAUCAUAGCUUUUUCGGAGUGGUUUCAUCAUCUCUCCUAUAUAGAUACGGGCAAUCAGUUUAUUUUCAUAACUGAGGAAGCGUGGCUUUUAGUUCGAAGUGCUAAAGCGAACAAGUAUUAGUUAUUCUCCGAGAAGUGCUAAACAGGACGAGUUAUAGUUACUCUCUUUGUGUUCAGGUUUUUAUGGUGACAUCAAGUCAAAGUAGGCUCUUUAAUAUCUCGCUAUUUUUCCCCGUGACCCAAUAAUUAUUUUCCGGUUGCGUGCCGAUCUCAA